UAUGAACAGAACACAGAUGUACCAACCGAGUCCGAUUCUACAGAGAAUAUGGGAAGGGGGAAGCGCAAAAAGAGGCAAGUGAUUUUGUCAAGUGAGGAUGAGGAUGAUGACAAUUGGUCCAGCAGCCCCAUCACGCCUACACCUCCAUCCACCCUCAGGUCAUCACCUCCACCGGCUCCAUCCACCCUCAGAUCUGUGCUGACACCUCCACCGGCUGCAUCCACCCUCAGGUCUACGCUGACACCUCCACCGGCUCCAUCCACCCUCAGGUCUACGCUGACACCUCCACCGGCUCCAUCCACCCUCAGGUCUACGCUGACACCUCCACCGGCUCCAUCCACCCUCAGGUCUACGCUGACACCUCCACCGGCUCCAUCCACCCUCAGGUCUACACUGACACCUCCACCGGCUCCAUCCACCCUCAGGUCUACGCUGACACCUCCACCGGCUCCAUCCACCCUCAGGUCUUCUCCUCCAUUGCCUCCAUCUUCUAGGCCUACACUUCCACCACCUCUGGGUAACCUUAGAUGGCCCGAUGUUUCAACCCAUCACCACGUCACCACGUCACCAGAAACCCCUCGAAGACAAAUCAGGGACAACAUGUUUGUUCGCAUCUUAACACUCCUUGAGGAGAUGAAAGAGACACAAAAAAUCCAAGGUAGGAUGCUACAAACACUUCUACAACAGCGUGGCAACAUUGGCACCACCGUCUCUUCUACCCCAGAGGGUUUCCCCCUAAAGACAGUUGGUGAUGUGGAAAUCAUGGAAGAAAAACUUGCAAACCCAAACUUCAUGUCUGAACUGGUUGCAGCUGUGACUGACAUAGGGGGGGGGACUGUCGACGAAGCCACAAGAAGGAUGAUGACCUUCCUCCUAGACCAUGGCUUAUCCAGGCAGUACAACUUUGUAGGCCGAAACGGGAAGAGAGAGUUCAAGACCUUAAAACUGUAUGAAGUAAUAUAUGGAGGCUUAAAGAAAAACGCCAUGACCAGCCAAAUCACUCGUAAAGAUGCAGAGAAGGCGGUCUCCAAGUGGCUCAUUGGUGCUAGGGACCGGGGGGGUAAUAGACAGGCCCGACAGGCAACCCCUCAACAAGGACUUCAGGCUUCAGGCUCAUUUGAGGUGGAAAGUAGGGCUGCACGAUAUGAGGAAACUAUGUAAUUGUGAUUAUUUUGACUGAUAUUGUGAUUGCAAUAUGAGUCACGAUAUUGGAGUGAACUAACGUUUUUCAUUCUCAUUUUCAUUGAAAAUUAUUAACAUUGAAAGAAAUUCAAGUGAUUAUUGUGUGAUU